UUUAUUUGUUUGCUGUAAUUUUGAUAGAAACUAGUGAAGAAACAAUGUUGCCACUUGGGAUGCAUACCGUGUUAGAGUGUUUUGCGACAUUUGUAUGGAAGAAGUGAACAACAACAACAGGGAUGGGGGCUGCUUGAGUAAAAAAGGCUAUGAAAAUCUGGAGAGAAAAUUUUAUGAGAAAGUAGGAGAGAAGCUAGUGAGGAAACAAUUUAAGAACAAAUGGGAUCAGUUGAAAAAGGAGUACACGUGGUGGAUGGAAUUGCUAAAUGCAACCGGACUAGGCUGGGAUCCCCAAACAAAAACCAUGGAUGCAGAUGAUGAUUGGUGGAAAAUUCACCUAGAGAUGCGCCCCGAUCAUGCAAAAUUUAGGAACGGGCCACCUCCCAAUUUGGAGCAGCAAGAUGUUAUGUUUAGGAAGGCACAUGUCACCGGAGAAUCAGCGGCCAUUGCUGGACAGGAAACAGGAGGGGGCAAGGAAGCUCCAAUAUUGCUUGAGGAUGAUCGUGGUACCUCCUCCAAAAUAACAGGAAAGCGCAAGUUUGGUGCUGGAGAAGGCAACGAAAAAGAGAGCCCAUUUUUCACGGUUUACAACAAUGCUCUCAACACACUUGUUUCAAGGAAUGAAGGUAGUUCUUCCACCAAGGCUGACAAGGUCCCAACUAUGAAGGAGUUUUUAGCGACGGUUCGGGAGUGUGGAGUGAGUGAAGGAACUGACAUCAUGUUCACAGCAAGCAAGCUUGCCAUGAACAGGGAUUCAAGAGAGGUGUUUGCAGCAUUUGCAACAAAUGAGGGGAGGCUCGAUUGGCUGCAGCGUACACAUGCUGAGAUGAACAAGUAGAUGAGUCAUGUAUUAUGUGUAUCAUUGUUGUAUUUCUCAAGACUAUCUGUAUGAACCACCAUUGUAUUUCCUUAUUCUGUGAACCUUUGCUUAUUGUUGUGUGAAACAUUGAUGUAUUCGAAUAAUGAACCUAUUCUAUUUGAACCUGUUAUGUUUUGUUGCUUGUUGCAUGUCUACUAUUUGUUCAAUGUACAAUAUGGUUGUUGCAUGUAUGCUAUUUGUCCAAUGUUCUAUAUGGUUGUUGCAUGUGUACUGGUUUUUGACAUGUUCUAUUUUCUUGUUGUCUAGAUGGAUGAUGGUGGCACUGAAAGUGAUGAAGAAAUUGAGAAGACGCGUCAUCUUCUUGGAUUGGCGCGCGACAUGGCUGUGUUGGGCUACUAUGGUAACCUCUAUUGCGAGAAGUAUUUGAAUAAGGCACCUAAGAGGAUUCCACAACAAACUGGGCUUGAAUGGGUUAAUGAACAUCUUGGAAAUAGAAAAAGAUGCUACAAGAUGUUUAGGGUGUAUCCAGAUGUGUUCCAUAAAUUGCAUGACCUUCUAGUUUCUAGCUAUGGGUUAGAAUCAAGUGUUUUCAUGUCAUCUCUAGAAUCCCUAGCUAUGUUUUUAUGGAUGGUUGGAGGGCCACAGUCAGUUAGACAAGUUGAGAUUACUUUUAGUCGUUCAACUGAAACAAUUUCUCGGAAGUUUCACAUGGUUCUGAAUUGCUUGUACAAAUUGGGUAAGGAUAACAUAAAACCAGUAGAUCGGAAUUUCAAGGAUGUGCAUCCAAGGCUUCAAGAUCCACGCUUUUGGCCUCAUUUCAAAGAUGCCAUUGGCGCCAUAGAUGGCUCAUAUAUUC